CAAGUAAUAGAUUGAUAGUAGAACCAACAUUUCACACUCAAACUCACACACUUCAUAUCUGUGGUCUCUCCUCACUUGUCCAGAAGAAGAAAGAGCCAUAAAUUAAGAUAUUCUCUCAGAUGGUUUUGCUAUAUUAGAUAGAUAUAUAGCUACAACAAGUAAUUUUGGGUAUAAUAAUAGAAUUAAAGAAAAAACAAAUUUCCUAAAACAAACAUUUUGUUAACAUGGGAAGAGGUAGGGUUCAGUUGAAGAGGAUAGAAAACAAGAUCAAUCGUCAGGUUACUUUCUCUAAAAGGAGAGCUGGACUUCUCAAGAAAGCUCAUGAGAUCUCUGUUCUUUGUGAUGCUGAAGUUGCUUUGAUUGUUUUCUCCCACAAAGGAAAACUCUUUGAAUAUGCCACUGAUUCUUGCAUGGAGAAGAUUCUGGAGCGCUAUGAAAGGUAUUCAUAUGCAGAGAGACAACUAGUUGCAAAUGAUUCUGAGUCACAGGGAAAUUGGACCAUUGAGUAUACAAGACUGAAGGCAAAGAUUGAUCUUUUGCAAAGAAACUAUAGGCAUUACAUGGGAGAAGAUUUGGGUACAAUGAGCCUCAAAGAGCUUCAGAGUUUGGAACAGCAGUUAGAUACUGCUCUCAAACUCAUUCGUACACGCAGAAACCAACUCAUGUACGAGUCCAUUUCAGAGCUUCAGAAAAAGGAGAAAGUGAUUCAGGAGCAGAAUAACAUGCUUGCGAAAAAGAUCAAGGAGAAAGAAAAGAUUGCAGCUGAGCAGCAGGUACAAUGGGAGCACCCAAACCACCAUGGAGUCAAUCCAAAUUACUUACUACACCAGCAACUUCCAAGCUUGAACAUGGGUGGUAAUUACCGUGAGGAAGCACCAGAAAUGGGGAGGAAUGAGCUUGACUUGACCCUUGAACCACUGUAUACCUGCCACCUUGGAUGCUUUUGAAAGACCUUAUUUUGGAGGUGGUUGGUGUUAUGAUAUGAUAUAUAUGCUAAGUAAGGCAUAUUAAAUAUAUGUGCUUAUAUAUAUGUUUGGUAGUUUUCCCUAUUUUGAAGACACUAAAAGUGUGUUGUAAGCUUAAUUAUAACUUGAUAUUAUAAUCUAGUUAAGUUUUUCUAUGUAUUAAUUAAAUUAAAUUGCUGAAAGGCAAAGUUCUGUAAUGUAAUGACAUUCAAGCUGAUUAAGCAUUGACUUUUACUAUCACUAGAAGGAACUCAAAAUAAACUUUGAUUUAAGCCGUUGUGUUUCA